GGGUGCAGAGGUCCCUCCAUCCAUCCCGUCCUGUCAGUGUGCAGACCUCCACCACUGAACCACCUUCACUUCAUUCAAAAACUGCAGAACUUUCUCCAGGACCUCAAGGCUGAAGGACAUUUCAACUUUUCACCGUAAAAAAACUGCGGAAGCUGCUGCACUCAUGGCUGUCGUCAGGUUCUACAGUAAUGAAGCGGUGAACGGGCGAGCCUUACAGAGGGCGGCCAAGCUCUACCCGCAGCUGUCCGUCUCCUCUGAGCUGUGCUACAACGUGGAGCUGACAGGCUGUGAGAGUCUCGCUGCCGAGCAGAGGGAGGUGCUCCUGUGGUUGUUUCGCCCGCCCCUGCAGGCCGAGCCGCUGUCCGAGACCCCAAACCUCUCCGAGGGCAACGGGGAGAAACUGGUGGAGAUUGGACCCAGGCUGAACUUCUCCACCGCCUGGUCCACCAACGCCGUGUCCAUCUGCCAGAGCGCCGGCCUCGCUAACGUCACCCGGGUCGAGCUGUCUCGCAGGUUUCUAAUCAAGCCAAAGAGCGGCGGGAGCGUGACGGAGCUGAAUGGAGACACGAAGAAGCUGAUUGAGUGUCUGUACGACAGUAUGACAGAAUGCAUCUAUCAGCAUCCCAUCACCUCCUUCGCCGUGGAAACCAAACCGCAGCCGGUGUUCGAGGUGGACGUCGUGGGGAAGGGUCGGGCAGCUCUGGAGGCGGCAAACCACGAUCUGGGUCUGGCCUUUGACUCCUGGGAUCUGGACUACUACACCUCGAUGUUCCAGAGGAUUAACAGGAACCCCACCAGCGUGGAGUGUUUCGACCUGGCCCAGUCCAACAGCGAGCACAGUCGUCACUGGUUCUUCAGGGGGCGGAUGGAGAUCGACGGGCAGGAGCAGAAGGAGACGCUCUUCAGUCUCAUAAUGGACACCCAGCGGCACAGCAACCAGAACAACGUCAUCAAGUUCUGCGACAACAGCAGUGGUAUAAGAGGGAUGGAGCUGGAGUGUGUUUACCCAAAAGAUCCAUCCCAAGCCAGCGCGUAUGAGACACGGCGUUCACUGAGACACGUCAUCUUCACAGCAGAGACGCACAACUUCCCGACAGGUGUGGCGCCGUUCAGCGGAGCCACCACGGGGACAGGAGGUCGGAUCAGAGACGUCCAGAGUGCUGGACAGGGGGGCCACGUCAUCGCCGGCACUGCAGGAUACUGCUUCGGCAACCUGCACAUACCAGGUUACGUCCUCCCCUGGGAGUCUGAAGGAGAAGGCUGGGAGUAUCCGUCCAGCUUUGCUCCUCCGCUGCAGGUUGCGAUUGAGGCCAGUGAUGGAGCCUCAGACUACGGAAACAAAUUUGGAGAACCUGUCCUGUCAGGUUUCGCUCGUUCUUUCGGCAUGCGGCUGCCUAACGGCGAGCGGCGGGAAUGGAUUAAGCCAAUCAUGUUCAGCGGUGGUCUCGGCUCUAUUGAAGACACACAUGUGAAGAAAGAAGAGGCAGAGACCGGAAUGGAAGUGGUGAAGAUCGGAGGGCCGGUGUACAGAAUCGGCGUGGGAGGAGGAGCGGCCUCUUCUGUACAAGUCCAGGGGGACAACUCGAGCGACAGGGACAUGGGUGCGGUGCAGAGAGGCGACGCUGAGAUGGAGCAGAAGAUGAAUCGGGCUCUCAGGGCGUGUCUGGAGAGAAGCAGCGGGAACCCAAUCUGCAGUAUACAUGAUCAGGGGGCGGGAGGAAACGGUAAUGUGCUUAAAGAGCUCAGUGAGCCAGCAGGAGCCGUAAUCUACUGCAGCAGAUUCAAGAAAGGUGACCCCACGCUGAGUGUGCUGGAGCUGUGGGGAGCAGAGUAUCAGGAGAGCAACGCCCUGCUGCUCCGUCCGUCAGACAGGAGCUUCCUGGAGAGGGUGUGUCGGAGGGAGAAGUGUCCCGUCGACUUUGUGGGAAACAUCACCGGAGACGGAAAGAUUGUGCUGGUGGAUGACGAGGGAGACGGUGGCGAUGAAGCCGACAGACGGCGUCAUCCUGUCGACCUGCAGCUGGAGUGGGUUCUGGGCAAAAUGCCACAGAAGGUGUUUAAGAUGGAGCGUCUGGCUCCGACCCGUCAGCCUCUGGCUCUCCCUGCAGGACUGACAGUCAAAGAUGCGCUGGACAGAGUUUUACGUUUGCCUUCUGUAGCGUCCAAACGCUACCUGACCAACAAGGUGGACCGGUCUGUGACUGGGUUGGUUGCCCAGCAACAGUGCGUCGGCCCUCUUCACACCCCAUUGGCCGACGUGGCUGUUGUCGCUCUGUCACCGUUCAGCCUCGAAGGAGCAGCCACUGCCAUCGGAGAGCAGCCAGUGAAAGGCCUGGUCUGUCCUGCAGCCGGAGCUCGCAUGGCUGUCGGAGAGGCUCUGACCAAUCUGGUGUUUGCCAGAGUCACGGCUCUGAAGGAUGUGAAGUGUAGCGGUAACUGGAUGUGGGCUGCUAAGCUGCCCGGUGAGGGAGCCUGUCUGUGGGAGGCCUGCAACGCCAUGUGUGAGGUCAUGGGCCAGCUGGGAGUGGCCAUCGAUGGGGGCAAAGACUCUCUGAGUAUGGCCGCCAGAGUCGGCAAAGAGACGGUCAAAGCUCCAGGUGCUCUGGUUAUUUCGGCAUAUGCAGUUUGUCCUGACAUCACAGCCACUGUGACGCCCGACCUCGAGGAUCCAGAUGGAAAAGGCGUGUUGUUGUGGGUUCCUCUCAGUCCGGGCCGUCAUCGUCUGGGAGGCUCUGCCUUGGCUCAGUGCUACAGCCAGCUGGGAGACUGCUCUCCUGACCUGGAGCAGCCACAACUAUUGACUGCCUGCUUCAACACCACACAGACGCUCACACACGAUCGUCUGCUGAGUGCAGGACAUGACGUCAGCGACGGAGGCCUCAUUUCCUGUUUGCUAGAAAUGGCGUUUGCAGGAAACCGUGGGAUGGAUGUGGAGCUGACGUCACAGGGAGCUGGAGUCAUGGAGCUGCUGUUCAGCGAGGAGCUGGGUUUGGUUCUGGAGGUUUCACAGCUCGACGUAGAAAAAGUGUGUCAGAGAUACAGCGACGCAGGCGUGCAGUGUCAUUGUGUCGGCAAAACCUGCGGCUUCGGACCAGACGCUGUGGUCAGCGUUCGUGUGGACGGACAGGAAGUGCUGAGAGAGCCGCUGCCGAGCCUCAGAGCAUUAUGGGAGGACACCAGUUUCCAGCUGGAGCGCCUCCAGGCCAACGAGAUCUGUGUUAAACAGGAAGAAGAGGGGCUAGCCAAGAGGACACAACCCCACUUCAAACUGACCUUUGACCCCUCUGAAAUGCCGACUAUCAGCCAGCUCAGUGCAGGGCAGCCUCGUGUAGCUGUGGUCAGAGAAGAGGGCAGUAACGGAGACCGAGAGAUGUCUGUUUCUCUUUAUAUGGCCGGCUUUGAGGUGUGGGAUGUCAACAUGCAGGACCUGUGCUCCGGCUCUCUAACUCUGGAGUCGUUCAAAGCGGUCGUGUUUGUUGGUGGAUUCAGCUACGCGGAUGUUCUUGGAUCAGCUAAAGGUUGGGCUGCUACUGUUGCAUAUAACCCGAAGGCCAAGGCUGAGUUUGAUCGCUUCCGGCGGCGAGACGACACGCUGAGUCUGGGCGUGUGUAACGGCUGCCAGCUGCUCGCCCUGCUGGGCUGGGUGGGAGAGGGCGAGGAUGGAGCAGAGAGUGAAGUAGUGCUGACCCAUAAUAAGUCUGGCAGGUUUGAGUCUCGGUUCGUCAGCGUUGGGAUCCAGAAGUCCCCGUCCAUCUGGCUCAGAGGCAUGGAGGGCUCGGCUCUGGGAGUCUGGGUUGCACACGGAGAAGGUCUGGUGCAAUUUCGUAGCUCUCUGGCUCAGGACCAGAUCAUUUCUGGUGGGCUCGCCCCCGUUCGUUACCUUGACGACAGCGGUCACCCCACUGAAGACUACCCUCUGAACCCGAACGGCUCCCCGCAGGGCAUAGCGGGGCUCUGCUCCAGGGACGGGAGACACCUGGCCAUGAUGCCGCACCCGGAGCGCUGCACCCUGGGCUGGCAGUGGCCCUGGGCUCCGAGGGACUUCAGACCGUCUCUCACACCGUCACCAUGGUUACGUAUGUUUAAGAACGCAGCCGCCUGGUGCAGCAACACAGAGUGAUAGUACUCUGUUUACAUUUCUGGAACUGUCAGAGUAGUAUUAUUGUCUUUUUGGGGUCAACUGAAACUGUUUACAAUACCCAGUCAUGUAAUACACAUUUUUACUACCUGUGGUACUUUUUGUUGGCUUUAUUUCUGAUGCCUGCUGUAAUACUUUAUGAUUUUGAUAUUGUGAAUUAUUGUUGUACCAGUCUGGUCUGCUGAUUAUAUCACUGUUUCUCAGACAAAAUUUUAGAAAUAAAAUUUGCUAAUAAAUACAUAAUGUAACAGCAGAAGUA